AUGGCAAAAAGGGCAUCCUGGUGCUACUACAGAAUUUUGCAAGGUUUUAUGCUGGAAUUCAACCAUGGGAAACUCCAGCCUGCUUUUGCUACAUUUAUAAAGAGAUAUGGUUUAAUCAAGCCUACGCUGGGCAAGAUGUUGGUGCAUUACUUAUGUAUGGAGAAUAAUGUAGAUGGUGCGCUUAGGCUCAUCAAUGAGUUGAACAAUAACAAUUUCAAGGUAAAUUUUCCAGUUGAUUUUAUUGGGAUGCUUUCAGCACAAGGCAGACCUUUGGAUGCAUACAGACUUGUCAUGGGUGCCCAAAAUGAUAUUCCUUGUAUGGAUGUAGUUGAUUACUCAGUCCUUGUUGACGGACUCUGCAAAGAAGGGUACAUUGAUAAGGCCAUAGAUAUUUGUAAUUUUGCCAGAAAGAUGGGAGUUAUACUUACAGUAGUCACUUACAACUCAGUUUUUAAUGGAUUAUGUCGUCAAAAUUGUCUUGUUGAGGCUUUUAGGCUGUUUGAUUCAUUGGAGAUGAAUAAUGUUAUCCCUUCUGAUGUGACGUAUGGGACACUGAUUGAUGCUUUGGUUAGAGAAGGCUUUGUGUUGGAUGCUCGGCAAUUGUUUGAGAAAAUGAUCAUUAAAAAUAUAAAACCAAAUACCCAUAUUUUCAAUUCUCUAAUUGAUGGAUACUGUAAAUUUGGGAAUGUGAAAGAAGCAUUGAGACUCCUCUAUGAUAUGGAGAACCACUCUCUUAAGCCAGAGAAAUUCACUGUAAGUGCUGUGAUCUAUGGCUUUUCCCUGGAGGGAAACAUGGAGGCUGCACUUCAAUUCUUCAUUGAUAUGCAAGGAAAUGGCUUUUCCCCUGAUUUCUUGGGCUUCUUGUACUUAGUAAGGGGCCUAUGUGCAAAGGGUAGAAUGGAAGAGGGAAGGAGCAUUAUAAGAGAAAUGCUUCAAGACGAAUCUGUUCUCAGGUUGUUAGAAAGAGUUGAUGGCGAGAUGGAAACGGAGUCUAUAGAGCGUUUUCUAGUCCACUUGUGUGAACAGGGAAGCAUCCAGGAUGCUCUUACCAUUCUCAAUGAGAUUGGAUCAAUGUUUUUUCCUUGCAAGAGAAUUUCUAGUUCUAGUGCAUAUAAACCUACUGCAUCUUCUGAGGAAAAUAUGAGGGUCAUUUCUCCUGAUGCUCUUCCCUCCAUCCAUCAAAUGGACUUUGAUGCUGUAUACUCGAAAAUGACAUCUCUUUGUUCACUUGGCGAUCUUCAAGGGGCUACUGCAUUAGCAAAAGCGGUUAUCUCCGGAUCUACAAAAAAAUGA